AUGGUUGGCCAUUCUGAGAUUCUGUUGUCAAAGUGUGCGCAGUUUCGAGAGCAAGGUGAAUUCAUUGAUGUUUAUUUAAAAGUGGGUGGAGAAGUUUUCUCAGCUCAUCGCAUUGUGCUCGCUGCCAGUAGCGAUUAUUUCGACGCCAUGUUUGCUCAUGGAAUGAAAGAGUCGAACCAGGAAGUGAUCGAACUCAAAGAUGAAAGCAUUCCAGCAGCUGCCUUGAAGAUCGUGUUGGAUUCCAUCUACAGCGGCGAUCUUCAAGUCAAUGAUGAAAACGUAUUUGAUAUUCUUGUCGCAGCCGAUCACCUCCAAGUUACAAGUGUUGUUCAACAGUGUUGUGAGUACUUGAAAACCCAGUUUGUUCAGCUUCGAUUUGAUGUGCAGACAUAUUGUCAGAUCUGCACCAUUGCAGAUCGGCACGGACUGAUAGACCUACAAGAAGCUACACAACUCAAGAUGGCGUCAAUGUACAAGGACGUUUGUAGGAAUGAAGAAUUCUUGUCCCAUAUUGACGCUAAUCAAUAUUCUAACCUUCUCAACCGAGAUGACCUCAGUGCUCCUUCAGAGACAUUUGUCUUCAAAUCCGUGAUGCAGUGGAUCAAGUACAAGAAGGAAGAGAGGAUGCCAGUCGCGGCUAAAGUCAUCGGAGCGGUUCGACUGGGGUUGGUGGACAUCAAAGAAGUCAUCCGAGAACUGAACACAGAGGAGAUGCAACGAUUUCCAGAGAUUCAUUUACUUUUGCACGAAUCACUUCUGCAUACUUGCAUGCCAUCUGUGAGUUCGAAGUUUGCAGUAGAGAAAUCCAAACUGCGUUCCACGAGUCAGGUAUGUGAAGCUUUUAACACAGUUAUUUGAAUGUAACUAAAAAUAUGCCCCUUUCAAAUAGAAUCAAACUGAUAUUGCUUUUCACUUGGGUGAACAUGUACGUGAUUGAAUUAAUCCAUAGAAACAAGCAUUUCCCUCCUAAAAGCCGCAUGGCUCUCAACCUGUCCGAUAUGAAAGCUACAACAAGGGACAAAAGUGUUAAGACACUUCUGUAACAUGGCCCCUUUUUGCAUAGUGAACAUACCUAUCCCCUUUCCCUGUUUACCCCCACUUCCUCCCCCAAAAUCAAUGUUGUAUUCUAGACCCUCAAGUCUUUCUUUUACUUCAAACAACAUUGAUUCGGGGGUGGGGGAUUUACGGCGUUUGAAUAGAAUGAAGUAAUAAAUGAAUGAAAUUGUUGAUAAAAGCACCCGUUUCAGUUAGACAAGUGUGUCAACAACCUCGUUCCCAGGAAUUUCGCCUACCCAGGGAGCGAGGUUGGUGUGUCAACUACUUUUGUCCCUGAUUGUAGUAUAAGACCAUGGCCAAUUAAUUCAGGGGCACCCAAUGACGAUUUCCUCCUAAAUACGUUGAAAACACUUUUCAGGCUAUCCAUAGUACUCUUAGAUCUCUAGAAAUGUAUUCUAAGCGGUGCUAUAAAAUUGGUCAUCCUAGGGGACUUUGACUUUUUUCGAAAUUACAAGAGCUUCAGUAUUAUUUUCCCGAAAAUUUUAGACGCAAUUUAUAUUUUAACGAAUGUGAGAAUUUUUCUGAUUCCUAUCUAAAUCACACUUUUGAAUCCGAAAAUUUGAGGUUUCCUUUUUUACGAAAAACAGCAUUAUCUUGGGGAGUGAAAUGAGAAAAAUUAAUCUUCAGAAAAUCUUAGGAAAUUUAUUAGAUAAGUUUCGAAAAUUGUACAUGAAUGGAACGGUCAUCUAGAAAUUUGUAGCCGCCCUCAAGCAAUAGAAAAUUCUAGGCAAUAUUUGCCUCUCCGAAUAGAUAUUUUACAGAAAACAGUCGUUGGAUGCCCAUGUUAAUUAAAAUUAAUGUUCCCUAUGCUUGAGACAACUUAUCCAACAAAUGUUAAAAACGCCCAGCGAACCGUAACCAGCUCUCGCCGACACAGUGUAAUUAUUUGAAAUUAUAACAAACUUCUUUUGUUCGUUUGGCGAAUUCCGGCAUGUACUGUAUAUUCAAUAAAAUUUAGAGAUGAAACAGCCGUGUUAGAAAGAAGUAGUCGAAGGGGGUAAAAUUGGAAUUGGGAUUUGCCAUAUUUUUAAGAUUGGAACUGAAUAGGAUUUUGGUACAUGUACAGAUCAAACCCCGUCGAAACGGACUCUUCGAGACUCUGAAGGGACCAUAGAAAGUGUCCAUGUUUAGCCGGUUAAAUAGCCUGCAGUGCAGGCGUAUUUUGGGUGGGCGAAACCUUGUUCGUGUUCGUAAUGUUGUUGUAGCCGCCAUCUUUAUGACAGUGGAAGAUUGGGGGGAGUAGAAAUAGUAACCCGUGCGGCGAACUCAAAGAAAACGCCUGCACUGCAGGCUACCGGUUAAAUUUAGAGAAAAUGUAAGGGCUUUGUCUCCCCAGGGACAAACCAAACUGUCCGUAUUAAGCGGGUGUCUGUAAAGCGGGGUUUGAUUGUUUAUGUCAGUAUAAUUGCAGACGUCUCCUACUUCCUUUGUCGCUCAAGGAAAACAUCUGCACGCAGGCUAUACUAGAAUUUGACCACGCAUCUUUGCCACUGGGAAUGGGAUUUGAGGCAAAAGUCGAAUGGUACUCUAGAAUUUGAACAAAAUUUGGGUUGGAAAAAGGGACUUGUGAACCACCCCACCACCCCCUUCGCCCCUUUUCCCCUCCGGUGUGCUUCUUAGUAGAAGACACAGAAAUAAAUAUUAUCUUGACUUGUCUUGACCUUCAAAUGGUCAUCUCAAAACGACGAAUUAACUAGCAACAAUAAUUAUUGUUGCAUUAAAAACCCACACCACUGCUGUUUUUGGCUUUCCCCCAAUGCUGGAUUGGACGUCCAAAACGGACGCAAGAGAGGAUAAAUGAGGAGACCCAACUAAGUAAUCUUUAACUUUCUCUUCAGCUCCUUGUUGCUGUUUCUCCUGGACAAAAUAUUGACUACUUUGAUUUUGAUCUUAAAAUCUGGAAGCCACUGGGAAUGUCAGGGCCAGGAGGCAGACCUAUAAGAACAUCACAUUACUGUGCAGAGACAGUUGGUAAUACUUUGUACGUUGCCGAAGGUCGCCCAAUUAACGCUAAGACUGAUUUUAUUUCUUGUUAUGACUUAGAAAGAAAUGUGUGGAAAACACACCCGCACUCUGUUGGAGUAAUCAGCAGUAUGUGUACUGUAGGAGACUACGUGUAUACAUUUGGUUUUGAUUGUCAAAAGCCUCCUCAGCGGUAUAGCUUGUCUGAGGGUCAAUGGCAGAGUUUUGCAAACGUCAAGGGUACGGGGGAGAUGUACUUCUACAAUAGUGGAGCCACAGCACUUCAUUCUGAUGUUUUUGUUCUUUAUGGAAAAGGAUUUUUUAAAAACAGUUGGUUAGUGCGAAAUGCCUCCCUACAUUGUUUUGAUCACGUGAGAAACGUGUGGGAAGAAAAAGCAUCAACCUGCCACCCACAUUUUGGGUCCAGUCUUUUUGUAGUGAACGGUAAACUCUACGUAGCAGGGGGUAAAGUUAAUGCUAAUUACGACGGUUCACCCUAUGGUAACCCUGCACCAGUGGAAGUGUAUGAUGAAGAAAACAACAAGUGGUCGGUUGUUGACCAAAAACAUAUUCCAGAAAACAACCUUGGUGCAGUGGAAGUAGAUGGGAGGGUUUAUUUCAUCAUCAAUAAAUUUCCAAUUGACAGUGGUAUAAGAAUCCCACCAGGGGAGGUGUAUCCUGUUUCCUUGCACAGGUGGGAAAAACUAGGGAACAUAUCCUGGACGGCCGCCCUCUGUUAUGCACCAAUAAAAAAAAGAGCUUAA